AUGCCUAAGGCCGGCCUUUCCGUGUCGGUCGGCGUCUCCAUCGCUGCUGCCGGAGCUCAACAAUCAAUCACCCUCCGCCCAGGCAAACCACAAUGCCCUUCCCGAGUGCUGGCUGUCAGACCUGCAAGUCUCGGCGGAUCAAGGGCGCAGUGUGACGGAACCCUUCCCAUUUGCCAACGCUGCAUCAAAUCUCGUCGAGAAUGCUAUGGCCUGAGGGACGCACAAUCUUUGUCCUUCAUACACAGCGAAAACCCCUUUGCUGAUGGGAAGGUCAAGCGACCCAGGGGACCUCGGUCCAGUCGUAACCCGUCAAGUCACCGCGAUGGCUCGGGCGACGUCAAAGCGCAAGCGAUGGCAUUCUAUUUUCAAAAAUUUCUACAAGCACCGAGAGAGACGCCGGACUUCAUCCGGACUCUGGCCGACGAUUAUAUGACCGGUCGAGAAUUGUUUGCCUCAUCGCAGUUGCUUGAUACGGCCGUCUCAGCAAUGGCCCUUGGCACCUUUGCAAGGACGCAUCGGCAUGCCGAGGCAGAGGUGCAGGCGUUCAAGGCCUACGAGCAGGUUUUGCGAAAGGUGCAGCCAGCCAUUCAGUCUCUUGAUUCGGGUACUGUCGAUGUCUGUCUCUUAACUAUCUUCUUCAUGAGCCGAUAUGAAGAUCUCGUGCAUCACCCGGUCACGUCGGCUCCCGAGAGUCGCGUUACCUCGGAUCUCCCCAGCUUUUCUCACCAUGAUGGCGCGGCCGCAAUUUUGAAAAUGUGGAAGGAGAGAUUCCGUUCUAGUCAUCCGCCAAGUGAUGUCAUUAAACAUACUAGACGUGGCAUGACUCGCUCUGCGCUACUGAGAACUCGAACAUUACCCGAUUGGAUGCGGGAUGGUAGUGAGUUCGGUGAAUGUGGUUUGGGGCUGGCCUACGACCAGAUCAUAGUACGCAUACUGGAGCUCCGGCAGCUUGCGCAAGACGCGACGUCUACGGAGGAUGUUCUGGUCGAGACUUCAGCACUACACCAGGCGCUGGAUGAGUGGAUGUCUGCAUUUCCCAAGAGAUGGGACUUCCGCCGCCACAACCUGUCUGACCAAUUUGGUCUCAGUCCCCAAGACUUCUAUUCCCCCACCGUCUACAGCUAUACUAGCUCCACCUACGCAGGGGUGUGGGCCAAGUACUACGCCACCAAGAUGCUUGUUGAAAACGUACGCAUUAGUCUUGGUCCAACCUAUGUUCCGACGGAGGGAGUAUCCAACCAAAGGUCGGACAGUUUCUCGUGCCUAGACAGCUUCGCCAAUGACCUGGCCUCGACGGUGCCAUUCGCUUUGGAGCGGUUUAAGCUUACAUCCCCACCCCCACAUAGCAUCUCAUUAAAUACGGAAGAUAUCAAGCCUUACAACGCUACACUAAUCGCGUGGCCUCUGACCAUGGCAUCAGGCAUCAGCCGUCUAAAACCAGAGCAGCGAUCAUGGUUCAGAUCGACAGUCGCCCGAAUAGGAAGAGUAGUCGGAGUCGGGGUUUUUGAGUGUGCAGAGACAGAGAAAUGGUUUGAACUCUAA